AUGGGUUUAAGACAGGAAAAUACAGGAAAAUGCUGUGAAUCCUGUAAAUUCCUGUCCCGUCCCAUUCCUGUACAGGAUUGGGACGGGACAGGAAAAGAUUUUCCCUAUGCUUACAGGAAUGGGACAGGACAGGAAUGGAUAGCUUCAGGACAGGACGGGACAGGAAUGGAAUGCAUACUAAAUACCAAAAGCACAGCUAACACCGAAAACGUGGUGAAAAAUGUGGCCAUUUCUCUGCUAAACAGGGGCGAAGUCGGACCCAACACAUCCAUCCAGAAAGUUAGCGGCGAUUAUCAAUCAGUUUUAUUGGACAAGAUUAUUGAAUUGGACGAACAUCUGGUCACUCUAUUGCCCGAUCUAAAGCCAGAUGUUAUAUUUGUGGAGCAUUAUAGACCGAUACCGGCCAUUGAGUUAUCGGGUAUACCCUGUGUGUUGAUGUCGAUUGUUAAUCCGUUAUUAAAGCGGAGCGACACCCGACUACCGCCAUAUUUAUCUGGUCUAUUACUAACCGGAGGGCCCGCAAAGUGGGAUGCGUUCCGUGCGGUUAAAAGCGCUCAGCAAAGUGAGGGCUGGCGUCGGAUCGACGACUAUAUGGUGUCGAGAGGUUGUCAACCGAUGAGCGACAGUCCGUUCACUUAUAAUGACAAAUAUCUCACUCCCUAUGGCUAUCCAUUUGAGUUGGAUUUCCCGCCCGGUGUCGCACAGUUGCCUACAAAUGUCAUCCGUUUGGAUCACUUUAUGCGAGCGCCUGAAGGAAUUGGCUAUGAAAUACCGGUGCCGUUGAGGGAUAUGCCGGGAAAGUUGGUGUACUUUUCGUUGGGAUCGAUGGGCGCCAUAGAUGUGGUCAAUAUGAAGCGAUUGGUGGCAAUUAUGGCCAAAUCCAUGCACAGGUUUAUUGUGUCGAUGGGACCCUCACAUGACGAGUACGUAUUACCGGUCAAUAUGUGGGGCCAGGAGUUUGUGCCGCAGAUACGAGUCCUGCCAUUAGUUGAUUUGGUUAUAACACACGGCGGCUAUAACUCCACAAUUGAGACGUUUUGUUUUGGCAAACCUAUGAUUGUUAUGCCAUUGUUUGCCGAUCAAUACGACAACGCCCAGAGAGUACAGGAGUCGGGCCUUGGCUUACGACUAGACCCCUACCGGUGCUCAGAGCACGAGUUGUUGUCUGCGAUCGACACUCUUUUGAAUGAUAAGCCAUUGAAUGAAAAGCUGAUGAAAAUAUCGCAAAGAAUACAAACCGAUAAUAGUUUAGCAAAAUUGCCACAAAUUAUUGCGGAUUACGUCGAGAAUUAUGUUCAUUAA